GAGAGUCCAGUCACCGACUCAUCGCCGGAGAAAGUAUUUGUCACCAUCCUCUUUGCAAGAAGUCAUGUUCUGUAGUACCCGUUACUGGUGGAGUAAAAUCUUUGUUGGAAAUACUGCUGAAGGGUCUUAAACUCCCGUGUACUUGUUAUUAUUUAUUUUUUUACAUGGAUAUGGAGGAAAUGUCCACACCAUUACGAUAUUUUUGUAAAAAACAUAACUUGGAAUCAUUUAAAGACGACAAGGUGAAGACGGUAACAUCAACGCAACAGAAUAGAAUUGAAGGAACUAUUCAAGAAGUAAUCAAUGCUUACCGGCAAAACAACACGUUGCCACAGCCUACAUUACUCAGGGAGCAGCACUACGGUUAUUUGAAGAAAGGCUUACAUAAUCUCUCUGAUGCUUAUGAGUCCCUUGAUGCCAGCCGCCCCUGGCUCUGCUAUUGGAUCCUGCACAGCCUGGAGCUGCUGGACGAGCCCGUGUCCGCCUCCGUAUGCUCAGAUGUCUGCAGGUUUCUUGCCAGGUGUCAGAGCCCGACGGGAGGGUUUGCUGGAGGCCCAGGUCAGCAGGCCCACCUGGCACCCACAUAUGCUGCUGUCAGUGCUCUCUGCAUCAUCGGCACACAGGAGGCAUAUGACGUCAUUGACAGAGAGAAACUCCUUGACUUUCUGCUCUCUGUGAAGCAGCCAGAUGGCUCCUUUGUGAUGCACGUGGGCGGGGAGGUGGACAUCAGGAGUGCGUACUGUGCUGUGUCUGUGGCAUCUCUGACCAACAUCACCACGCCCAAGCUAUUCGAGCGAACCCCCGGCUGGAUUGUCAGCUGUCAGAACUGGGAGGGGGGUCUGGGGGGAGUGCCGGGGAUGGAGGCUCACGGGGGGUACACCUUCUGCGGGACGGCAGCCAUGGUCAUCCUCGGGGAGGGGCACAUGCUGAACCUCAAAUCCUUGUUACGCUGGGUGGCCUACAGGCAGAUGCGGUUUGAAGGUGGGUUCCAGGGGCGCUGUAACAAGUUGGUGGACGGAUGCUACUCCUUCUGGCAGGCCGGACUGCUCCCCCUUCUGCACCUCGCACUCUUCAGGGAAGGGGACUCCACUCUUAGCACAAGCAGUUGGAUGUUUGAGCGCCAGGCCCUUCAAGAAUACAUACUGCUGUGCUGCCAGAACCCUGACGGGGGCCUACUGGACAAGCCUGGCAAAUCAAGAGACUUCUACCAUACCUGUUACUGCCUGAGUGGACUUUCUAUAGCGCAGCACUUUAAAAUCAGGGACGUCCACCACAAACUCAUCCUCGGCAAAGAAGAGAACAGACUGGCACCAACAGACCCAGUCUAUAACAUCUGCCCAGAGAAAGUAGCUCAAGCACUUGAACACUUCAAUCUGUUUCCAGUCCCAUUGCAAAGAGAAGCAGCCGCCAAUGUGUCAUAGAUUUUGAAGGAAAACUGCUGUUCUCCAUUUUAUCCAACAUUUUGGAUGCAGCUCUAAUUGCACUCAGACUCCUGCUUCUUCAUGGCACAAGAAUACUUUCUUUGGAAA